UACAUAUUUGCUCUCGGUUUAGUUUAAAACUCGACAAGGCCGAAGCCAGCUACAGAAACUCCGCUCCCCAGUAUCGGGCUUCCGCGUUUACGACUACGACGAAAACUCCGCGCGAAAUUUAAAACUUUCCGAAACUAUGAAACUUUCCCACUUGCUCAUUGACAAGUAUGUAAUAAAGGGGUAAAAGGGAGGUUCGAGGAUGAGAAUCAGAUUUUCUCCGUUUUUUUUGCUUAUUAACUUGAUUUACGCGGAGUUUAUUAGGGAGGAAUUCGAGAUCCGGCACAGGAGAUCCAGGCUGAUUAGGCACCGUAGGAAUCAUAAAAAUGGUGAUAAGAAAGUUAAGCAGUUUUUUGAGGAUAAUGUUACCGUUGAAACUGGAGAGGUGUUUGUUAAAAUCCCUACGACCGAGAGCGCAUCUCAAACAUCUGAUUAUGACAUAAUAAACAUAACAGUAAACACCAAUGUGAAUAUCGAGUUUGAUAAAAGUGUGUUUUAUUUGAGCGACACCUCUUUCGAUUCGAACCACACCGAGUUUAAAAUGGUGCGUAAUAUAAAUAAAACCGCCUCGGAGAGUUAUUUGGAGGAAGUGAGGAGGCGUCCAGAAAAUAACGCAACUAGACCAGUAAACGGAGAUAGGGAUGUGGUCUCGCAUUUCCUAAGAAUUGUCGAAUCCCAACAUUUGCUAGGGGAAAAUUGCACUGCGGGGACUAAUUUAACUCUUCGGGAGGGUGUUGUUGAUCGUUAUGCCCAAGAAAGAUUUCGGGUUGAGGCAGAUGUUGCCGUAAAUAAGGCAAAUAUGCUGACCCGUCUUUGGAAAUAUGCUGAGCCAAAGGUCGUUAACUCCGAAUACUUAUUAUAUGCCUCCGUCUUUUCUAUGGUCGAGUUUGACGACGUUAUCUUUGCCGCUGGUAAUUGUUAUGACCAACAUCAAUAUAAAGACUAUUCGUUGUUUUGUCCUUAUGCAUAUCGUUUACCUGAGGGGCAAAUUUUAGUGAAGGACUUGGCUGUUGAAUAUGACUAUCUAAGUAACUCUUCUGAGUGGUUUUUCAAAGCUAGGAAGAACGCUGAAAGUGUUAUUAAGAAUUAUUCGCAAUUUAGUAGAGGCUAUACAUCAUACAGAUUUAAUGCGACUGCGCAUGACGUGCGAAUUCCAGAGGAAAUACUUGCGGUCCGCUAUGAGGAUGGCAAAUGGUCGAAACCAUACUAUGAUUGUGGUGGGGGAAACAUAUGGAUGCUUACCUAUACCGUCCCUUUUUUUGGUUAUAAGAAUAAUACGUAUUUUUUUAAAGGUACAAGUGGAAUUGACAUUGACCUACGUCACGUGGACAUCGAUCAGUGUCCCACUCCCGAAGGGCAAACUCAGCUUAAUAUUUUUGCCGACUCCGCCAAGUGCAAAAAACGAACUACGAGGUGUGUGGCGAUAUCGGGGUUAGGAUUUCGUCGUGGGAGCUACAAGUGUGUGUGCAAAAAAGGUUUUUAUUUUCCGGAUACCAACGCUGAGCAACGCUACUUCAAUGGCACCGAAAUUGAGGAGGAAUAUGAAAAACGACUGUUGGGACAAGAAAACCAAUAUGACGUCACGGGAAUGUUUGAGUGUCUGCAAUGCCCCGAGGGUUGUGAUUCCUGUACAGACGACAGGCCUUGCGUCGUGUCACUUAACUGGAUGAUGAGGACAUCGAUACUAGCUCUAUCUUGCAUUAUUGCAUGUUGCUUACCUGUUAUUCUCUUUUUCACUUGGAAGUGGCAACAUAUUAAGGUGGUCAGAGCUGCCAGUCCAGUCCUGUUACGAGUUGUUGCUCUUGGGGCCUUUUUUAUGUACGGAACGAUGAUUGUAACGUACUUCAAGCCGACCAUCUACUUCUGCACCGCACGUAUCUGGCUACGAGAAAUUGGAUUUUCUUUAACUUAUGGAGCAUUAAUGCUUAAAACAUGGCGAAUAUCAGUGAUUUUCCGAGUUCGGUCAGCCAAAGCCAUUAAGAUCACCGAUAUGAACCUUCUGAAAAGACUUGGGAUAAUCAUUGCAUUCUUUACUGUUCUCCUUAUUAUUCGGACCCUAGUAGCUCCGCCAAUUGUCAUUGUUGGACGGACUGAAGACGAUCUAAAAGCUUAUUUAUGCAGGACCGAUUUGUGGGAUAAUUUCUUCAGUGUCGUUGAAAUAGCAUUUCUUAUAUGGGGAAUCCGGCUUUGCGUGGUAGUUCGAAAAGCCCCAUCCGAAUUCAACGAGAGCAAAUUUAUAUCUUUGGCAAUCUACAACGAAUUCGUGCUGUGUCUCUUCCUUAACGUCACGACGUUUUUUUUGCAAAAGCCUGCCAAUCCAGACUUGAUGUAUAUAAUAUACUUCGUUCAUACGCAACUGAGUGUCACACUGCUUCUUGGCCUAAUUUUUGGAAGUAAGGUGAUCAUGGUGGUAAAAAACAAAGAAAAACAUCAAGAAGACAGCUCAAGCAUGGUCUACAAGGCCCCAUCGAAGUUCCUUGCAAGAGGUCGCCAAGAAGCCUCCCAAUUCACCUCAGCAAACUCCUCAGUGGCAGGUCAAGAGCUGAUCUACUCCAAAUACUCAGAGCAAGACAUCCAGGAGGAAUUUCUACGCCUCUACACGCAACUAGAGCUUUUAAAAGAACGAAACAUGAGAAUGGGUAAUAGACAUCUCGCUUCAAAGAUCAACGCUAUGCAAGACGCAGCUCGAUUAUGUGACAAUGACAACGAGAAAUCAUCUGUCAUCAUAAGGAGCAGUAGUAGCCUUUGCGUUUCUGGUGAGCGAUCUAUCACUGAAAUCCAUGAUGAACCCUUUGUCAGAAUUAAACGUCAAAGUGUGUCUUUCGCCGUGGAUUCUCGCCCUAAUGGAGAUGCUGAAGGUCCUGAUGAUAUUAAGGCUGGUAAUCACGCUGCUGAAAUUACCUUGACCCUAAUAGAGAAGGAGCAGGCGAUUAGUGAUAAUGAAAAAAGGAAAGAUGAUAAUGAGGGUGAUCAAACUAGCUCAACAUAUCCUAAUAGUGAUACGAAUAAGAAAACAAAUACGACUGACACUAAUGGUAGGCAAUUACUGUCUGGACAUGCCAGAACACAUUCGAUUGUUAUUAAUUUAGAUGAUAAGAGCCGUUUUAACGAUGAAAUAACUGUAUAAAUGUGUUUUACUAAUGUUAAUUGUAAAUGGAUAUUUUUCAUGUAAAUUUAAUGUAAUAAUAACUAAUCAAAAAUGGUUGUAAAAUAUAUGUAAUGAAUUUGUUUUUAAAUAAAUUGAA